AUGCUUUUUUAUUUCACUUUUAUGACAUUUAUAUACUGGAGGUAUAAAUUUUCAAUUUUUCUAAACACUUAAUAUUAUGGAAUAUAAUCCUGAAAAUAUAUCAAUUUGGGAACGUUAUAAUCAUAGUGAUGUUUUGUUAUUUAAAACAUUCGCACCACAUUUAACUAUAAUUGAAAGAGCCAAUUUUCCUAUAUGGGCAAUACUUGGAUUCCCUGGAAGUUUAUUCAGUAUAAUUGUAUGGAGUAGUCGUCCAAUGAGACGAGGAGGUAGUGCUGCUGCUGCAGUUUAUCAGGCUAGCCUUGGUGUUGUGGAUUUAUGCUUUUUAAUUACAUGUGUUAACUGGUAUUUACAUACUGCAUGGCAACUCGGUGUACUUGAUCAUCCGGUGAUAUGUGAAGUAUUCCCAGUAGUACACUAUUUAAUACAAUAUAUGAGUCCUGUAUUGGCGUUCACAUUUACACUGGAACGAUAUUUGGCUAUUUGUCAUCCAUUUCGUUCACGGAAUAGUAUAAUGCGUUCUACGGGGAAAAGUGCUCUAAAAGUUGUCUUUAUCAUGUUUAUCUUUUGUCUAAUAACAGCCAGUGUUCAAGCAUUAGUAUACACAUAUGAUCAUGGUGUUUGUACAACUAGACCAUCAGUUGAUGAUCAUGAAUCUAUUGAACAUUCUUUAUAUACUAAAUGGAAUUUUCUAACAGAGACAUUAUUUUUUUUCUGUUUCCCGAUUACCUGCCUUGUGCUAAACAUUCUAGUCAUUCAUGUACUACGACAAAGUAUUAAGUCAAAAACAAAUGCAUUAAUUGCAACAACAAUAAAUGGUAAUUCAAAUACAACCUUUGAUCGUAAUCAACACGCAGAACCAAUAAGUAAAGGAGCACGUUCAAGUACGCUGACAUUAUUGUGUACAUCAUUCUAUCUUAUUGCUGCACAUCUUUCAGUAGCUACUGCUCAGUUAAUUCUUCCUCUCCUACCAACUGGUGAUUUAUACCUAACCGAUGAACAAGUCCGUAAUGAUCCGCAAUGGAAAGCUUAUUUUCGUUUUGCUACAGUACGUGCAUUAAUUGAAUGCUUUGCAACAACACAUUAUGCAGCUAAAUUUCUAAUAUACUUAGCAACAAGUCAACAAUUUCGACAUGAAUUUUGUCGAUUACUCCGAUGUCAUUGUGGUAAUAAAGAUUAUCUCUUAAGAGAAACUGAUAUAAAUAAUGAUUUAAAUAUACACUUGUGUAGUGGUAAACGUUCAAAUGCAUCACAUAAUAAUAAAUAUUCUUUCAGUGCAUUAUCAAGACGUAGUUUUACACAUAGAAAAUCAAGAGAUUCUACACAAUCAUUUUCUUUAGUUCCAAAUGAAAACGUGUUACCAAGUCGAAGGCGUCCAUCUCCUGGUCUUAGUCGAACUGUGAUAAGUGCAAAUGGACAACGUGUAAAAGUGAAAUCAAACCUUCACUUAAGCAUCUAAUACACACAAGUAAGUAAGAUUCAAAUUUGUGCAUGUCAAAGAAGAUUGUUUUAUUCUACUGUGAUGAGCAAAAUGAUAAAAGUGUUUAUUAUGCAACACAUCCUGCGAAACAAAUAACGAAUAUGAAACAGACAAUCUACUCAAAAAUGUCUACAAAUGGUACUAAUUUAUGUACACUAACUAAUAUACUAUGUGUAAAUCUGUUCCUGUAUGCUAACGACUACAUACAUCCUGCUUUGCAUACAUCAUGUACAGUAAAAACAAAAAGCAACAAACAAUCUAAUAAUGAUUCGCCUUUCCAAAACAACUUUAUCAUAAAGGAGAAUACAAAAAUUAUCAAAAGACAAGUAGAUAUUAUCCUUUAUUGUUUAAUGAAAACUUUAUUCAAAAUUCUAAAAAGCGUACAUUAUUCUAUUCAACGAAAACAUUAUCUAGAUGUAUAACUGCCUUUUAAAUUUCACUGCUUUCGUUACAAAAUUAAAAGCUGGAAGACGCCAUCAUCAUCAUGAUCAUCAGCCUCUCUUUCUUACUACAUUGAUUCUUACAUAAAUAAAAGUCUCUAUUCAAUUUAUAAUAUAUAUUUGAAUAAUAAAUGUAAAUGUAAAUUUAAUGAAUUUUAUGUGCGACUCGUAAGUAGUCUGUUGCAUUCGUGUAUUUUAUAACGAUAAGCAUUAAAGCCUAAUUUGUGCUGAUUUUUAAUAACAUCAAUAAUAAUUUUGAAUAAAUGAGGGAGUUAUAUUAUAAUAUGCAGUUGAUAUACAGUGGCUAAAAAGAUUAUUAUGUAAUAUUCUUCUUCUUCUUCUGGAU